CACAUGUUACAAGAUUACUGUCACUGUCAUAGCCAUUUAUUAUUUGUUAUUUAUCUUUAUCUUUAUUCUUUACUUAUGUUUUGUAGUUGGAAAAAGUUAACAAACAAAAUACGUGGUGAUAGUUCGUUAAAAGGGUAAAUAAGUUUCAUGUGACUAUUUUAUAUUAUCAUAAAUUUGGUGUUAAAAUUGACUUCACGGAAUUUAUAAAAAUGGAAGAAACUUUUUCACAAUGUGAAAAUGAACAAAACUGUGAAGAAGAGAAAAUGAGAAGAAAACUACAAUUUUUUUUCAUGAACCCUAUAGAAAAGUGGCAAGCAAAAAAAAGGGUUCCUUAUAAGUUUAUUGUACAAGUUACGAAAAUAAUUAUGGUAACAAUGCAGCUAUGUCUGUUUGCCUAUAGCAGUUACAAUCAUGUUAAUUAUACGUGGGAUAACAGAAUAACAUUUUCACAUUUGUUCUUAAAAGGUUGGGAUUCUACUCGAGAGAUAAAUGCAUAUCCACCAGGGUCUGGUCCAUUAGCUAUUUACAAGAUAGAUGAAUUCUAUUCAACAAUUAACUACGCUUACAAAGGCUAUGCCAACGUUGGGGAUGCGGUGGGAUCCUAUUCAUAUGCCAACGAAGAUAAUACUAUGACGAAUAUGUUACUAUGUCUCUACCAAUACAAAAAGGGAAUUAUUUUUGGAUUCAAUGAAUCCUAUGUGUUUGACAGUGAGAUUAUUGAACAAUGUUUAAAUAUAUCUGUGCCAAUUGAAGGACUUUUGGAUUCUAAACAAUAUCUGGCUGGUAACAAAAUAGAUAUAAAUUUUUCUGCUUUGGUUAGUGCAGAAUUAAUGUUUUCUCUUAAAACUGUGAAUUUAAAAGCAGCAGGUAGAAUUACAGCUCCAAACUGUUAUCGGUUUGAUAUAACUAUAUUAUUUGACAAUGAAGAUCAUGACGGGCAAAUGUUACUAUCUUUGGAUGCCGUACCGUAUCGAUUAAUGUGCAAAGGUGAUGUAGAGUAUGUUACUGACAACGAAAUUGACACAUUUGUUCGAAGUUUAGUUAAUUACUUGGUAAUAAUUAUUUGUAUAACGUCAUUUAUGCUUUGUAGUAGAGCUGUUUGGAGGGCUCAGCAGUUAAAAUUUAUAACAAACAAAUUUUUUGAGUCCCAUUUUGAACAGCCACUAAGUCAUCAUGACAGAAUGAAGUUUCUUAACUUGUGGUAUAUAAUGAUUAUUAUAAAUGAUAUUUUAAUAAUUAUUGGAUCCUCAAUCAAAGAACAGAUUGAACGAAAAGAAUUUACUAGUGAUCAGUGGAAUGUGUGUAGUUUAUUUUUAGGAGUAGGUAAUAUGUUAGUUUGGUUUGGGGUUUUACGCUACUUAGGUUUUUUCAAAACGUAUAAUGUUGUUAUACUAACACUGCAAAAAGCCGCUCCACAAGUUGCGCGAUUUCUAAUCUGUACGUUGUUGAUUUAUGCAGGAUUUACAUUUUGUGGCUGGUUAAUAUUUGGACCCUAUCAUUUAAAAUUUAGGUCUUUGUCGACUACUUCAGAAUGUCUGUUUUCAUUGAUUAACGGAGACGACAUGUUUGCAACAUUUUCUAUCAUGUCUGCAAAGUCCCCGUUAUUGUGGUAUUUCAGUAGAUUGUAUUUGUAUUCCUUUAUAAGUUUGUACAUCUACAUAAUAUUAAGCUUAUUCAUUUCUGUAAUAAUGGACGCGUACGACACCAUAAAACUUUAUUACAAGGAAGGUUUUCCCAAAAGUAGUUUGGAAUGUUUUAUAGGCGACACUAAUUUUGAGGAAGUAUCAAGUGGUAUAUUUAGAAGCAGUUCCAAUGAUAGUCUGGGUGGAUUGAUGAAAAAUUUAUGCUGUUGUAAAACUGUUCACAAAUCGUAUUCUAGUUUAUCAGGGAUAAGCGAGGCAACAGAAACUUGCAGGCAAAAUGUUUCAGUAUAGAAAAAACUCUAAUUGUAAAUAGUUAAUCGACCAUGUUUAUUUAAAAAAUUAUAUCUGUGUGUCGGAUAACUUUACAUAAAAAUGAUGGCAUUUAUCAUAUGAAUUUUUGUCGUCAGAUGACCUAUAACCACUAUUUGUAAAUAAUUGUAUGAAUCGGCAAAUGCAUAAUAUUAAAGUGUUUAUAACAUUUGUAACUUUAUCAAUUCUAUUAAUUUAAAUAUUGAUGUAUAUAAACUAUUAUGUACCAUAUUUCUUUUUAUGAUUAUCCUAAGCUAAAAUGACUGUUCUCAGAUUUAUUUUUUCUUAAGAACUCUACAGUUUUUAGAAGUAUCGAAGAGGAUAUUGCAAGAUGUAUAUUUAUUUGUCAAAUUCAAAGAAAAAGCAAUUAUAAGAAGAUAGUGAUACAAAUUCUAAGUGAAUUAUGAAAUUAUAGAAAUGAUGACAUGACUUUAAAUCUUUGAGUACAUUGAAUGCAGGCAAUGUAAAAAUAAUAUAGUUAAAAAUAAAAACAAUAAAUAAUUACGUAUCAGUAAAAAUACACCUAUUGCUAGCAUAUCUCGUAUAAAAAAAUAGAUAACCAGAUGAUUUCAUGAAGCAUGGUCCUAUUUGAAAUUCAGAAGUAUAAAAAUAACAAAGUCAAGGUGGUAAAAGAUAAUUAUUGGGUAAAAUAAUUUUAUUUGGUCAAAAAAAAUUUGAGUAUUCAAUUUCAACAUUUUGACUAUUGAAAAAAGUUUUAAAAAAUAUACCAGAACUUUGUGUAGUAGAAUAUUUGUAGAACUGGGCACGUUUCACUUGAGCUCUGAAUAUAUAAAUAAAAAAGCCCACUUGAUGAAAUGUGAUGGAAAUGUGGGUAACCAUUGUCCUCCACUCCACUACUUUGCCACUGCACAUCCUACCAUCAGGUCUCAAAUAAAUUGGAUUUACAAUACAUGUAUGUUUUGAUAUUGAAAUACUGACAAUAUUUUUACUGUUCCAAACAAAAUUAUUGGUCCCGUGGCUUGUAACCAUUUAUGAAGACUACAUAAUUUCAAAGUACUUUUAAAUUAUUAUUUUUUUUGUAAUUGGAGAAUUUAUUUUUUCUUGGCAAGUAGCUAUUUUUUCAUUUGGUUUAUUCACAUUUUUUUUUACUCUAUAUUGACAUACCAUGACAUUUUAUACAAUAUUGUUAUAUCCACAUUCAAAAAAUUUUCACAUAAAACAAUCGAUACUCAUGUUUUUCAUGACACCAUCAAUUCAAACAGUUUAUGAUUUAGAAACAGACAUUUUUUUAUUAGGAUUUUGUCAGGAAUAUUGCAAUACCCUGUAUACUCAAAAUAUUAGUUUUAUAAUUUUUGUAAAUUUUAAUUGUACGUACCAUUUUAGGCUAUUUCUGUUAGUUAUUUUACUUUCUAGAUUUCUCAAUAAAAGUUAUUUCUUUUUAUUGCUACCAAAAUUUAUUAUUAAAUUAUUAUUUUUAAGCCACGUAUGCAUGGGCAUGCUUUUUGUCGUUGUACUGCAAUGGAGUUUUACUAUCUGUGUUGAAAAAUUGUUUUUAAAUGCAAGUGCACAAAGGUUCUUUCGGUGUGCACUUCUCUUUAAAAUAAUGUGUUGAUGGCGUAAAAGUCCACUUUGGUACGAAGAUGAAAAACCUGCGCUUGUGCAUGUAAGGUCUUAUUGUACAUAUUUUGUUGAAUUUAUGUUAUGUAAAUAUGUAUACAAUAAAAUUUAUGUAUGAAAA